AUGAAAGAUGAGCCAUCUCCCAAUGAAAAAUUCCGCAACUGUUGGGAAAAUCUACUAAAGCUCGAGCAGAACAAUAUAUGCAGUUUAUUCGAGUCAUUAGAUACAAUAAAGUUUCGUGAAGAGACAUGGACGAAGAAAAACUCGAAGAAGAAAAAAAUAGGAUCAGGAAUAACGAGGAUCCUAGAAAAUGGACAAGUAUUUGAAAAAUGUGCCGUGAACUACUCGUGCGUAUAUGGAACUAUUGACAGAGAGACUGCCAAGCAGAUGUGCGUGAAUCAAUACAAUAAAGAAUACAUCAAUAGUAAGGAAAUUUGUUAUACCGAAGAUCUGAACCAAGUUAUUUCUCGCAUCAUAAACAAUGGGGGGUUAAAAAUAGUUCGAGAGAAAUACAAGUACUAUGCUUCUGGGUUGUCUAUCAUUGCGCACCCCGUGAACCCUAAUGCACCCUCCAUCCAUAUGAAUUUUCGCUUUUUCCAAGUAUUCAUCAAAACCGGGCGUAAAAAAAAGAAAAACACUCCAUCUGCGAAUGGUACCAAUACGGCAUAUAGGAACGCUGGCGUAGCCGGUAGCGUCAGCGCCAACACAUACCCCGCUACCAAUAAAGGAUGCCAAAAUGGACAGAUCGCCAAUGUAAAUGCAGGUGCUGGUAGCGCGAGCACUGCGAAGAGUCAUAUAGAUAGUAACUACCGAAGUUUGAAACAUUGGUUUGGGGGAGGAUGCGACUUAAGUCCCAGUUAUAUUUUCCCAGAAUUAUUCAUCCACUUUCAUCACUCAUUUAAGGUAGUGUGCGAUAAGUAUAAUCACUUAUUUUACAAGUAUUUCAAAAAAUGGUGUGACAUGUAUUUUCGAAUUAGGCACAGAAAUAUGAGCAGAGGGAUUGGCGGGAUAUUUUUUGACAAUUUAUUGGACAACACUAUAAAGGCAAAAAUAAAAGGGAAAAUUAAAAAUGGCAAAGCGAGGGAAUUGCAAAAUAUAAGCAUGAACCUUAGCAACAUAAAUGGCAAUAACGUCAAUGCUAACUAUAAUAACAGUCAUACGAAUAAAAAACUUCCGUCGGAUGAAAGGCCAUGUAAAUGCCACAGCUGUAACCCCAUCAUGGAUAACAGCUACAGAAUGAUAUUCCUAUUUGUCCAGGAGUGCAUCAUAAAUUUUCGUAAAUCCUACCUCUAUAUUCUCGCCCAGACAAUUCAUUGUAAGUAUGACGACAACAUGCUUAAUUGGCAACGUGUAUGUCGAGGCAGAUACACAGAGUUCAAUUUAUUAUAUGACCGAGGUACUAAGUUUGGACUAGAAUUAAAUACUUACAAAACUUAUAAGAGAAAAAAAGAAUCCGACAAAAUUGAAAAUUAUGCUUCCACCUUUUUGAAGGAUGAAGUUUUUUCGGAACAGAAUUCUGACUACUUUUCAGAUGAGCAUGAGAAAAUUGACAACGUUUUUUCCUCUCUCCCCCUCAAGUGUGAAUUUUUUUACAAGUACAAAAUUGUGAAGUACUCCCGCGAGCAUGAGACGCUGCAGGUAUUGAAGCAUCCGAAGAGGUGGGUCGAGUACUAG